AUGGGCGAAGAGGAGCAGGGGAGCGUGGAGGGCGCGACGGAGUCGUUGCUCGAGACUGCGGAGAGAAGGUCACCGCUCGAAUCACUUACGAGAUACCAUCCCGGUAAGGGCUGUAACGUGGUGAUCGUCUCAAAGCAGAAUCAGGCGGCGAACGAAAUUGACUUGUCCCUGAGCGUGUCGACCGAGCCGCAGAUGGUGGCGAUGCAGCCGGCACAGGCGGUAGGCCUCCGUUUGGAGAUUGAUCUGGAGUCAUAG